AUGAGAACUCUUCUGAUUCUAGCGAGCAUUUUCUUGGAAAUACAACUUCAUUUCAUUGGAAGCCAGGCGGAGCAUCGAGGGUCGUCGAGUGCCAACAACGAAGUGGCGCCCUUAAAGAGCUCCGAGGAUAAAAGCGAAGAUGUCAUCGAAGGUCCCAUCAGGGAAGUCCUCGCACAAAGCGGAAGUAUCGCAAAUUUGCCCUGCAAAGUUACCGAACCUGGCGCUGGAACCAUUACAUGGAUAAAGCGUAGGAACCGACGGUUAUUAACCGUUGGCACGAUUACCCACUCGGUCGACAAUCGAUUCGUCGUGAUGCAUUCGAGUUCCGAUUGGUUACUUCAGAUACGAGCGGUUACUCCUCAGGAUGAGGGCAUAUACGAGUGUCAGGUUACGUCGCAUCCGGUGCAACACGAUUUCGUCCACCUGAAGAUCACGGAAGCGUACUCGGUAAUACCCGGGGCGCCCGAUUUACACGUGAAGCAAGGUUCGAGCCUUCGGUUGGAGUGUCAACUAAAGGCAGCCGCGGAAUCGCCCGUUUACGUGUUCUGGUAUCGUCAGGGCCACAUGAUCAACUACGACGAGGAAACGGGCGUGGAGGUCGAGCUGACCAAGAACGGAUCGAUUUUAACGGUGAACAAAACGAGACCGUCGCACGGCGGUAACUAUACAUGCGCGCCGAACAACGCUAAACCGGCAUACGUGAUGGUUCACGUGAUCGAAGAGGAGGAGAAACCGGCGGCGAUGCACGGCGGAGACAGAAGGAACCUUGGUCCGGCAAUUUUGGCGAGCAACUUCCUGGUGUCCCUCUUGGCGACCGUCAGCUGGAGGAUACCGAGUUUCACCAGCCUUUACCCGACAUGAAUCACGGCCGAACUUAUGGGAACGACUGCUGUUAGUCGUACCCGUACCACCGCAACCCGGUCCAUCUUCUUCCGCAAGGACGAGUCCAACGAUCGGUCGGUCAUUCGGGACUCGUCUUUUCAGCUCUAACUCCGAUCGAACCCACGAGGACGAUAUACUCGCAUCGGCGUCCAAGUCGGAACGUCGUCGAGUGUAUUAGUUCGCGUACGAACACAAAUGGUACCACACCGACGCUUUCGGACCGCGAUCCUCUUACGUGUAGCGAGAUUCUUUUCAUCCAUUGUCCGUCGCGGCAGGAAAUCUCGUACCAGCCAGACUCGUGCACGACCCUCCUCGAGAGGGACCGCCGCCGUUCGAUCGCGAGGGCAGGAUUUUAACCACCGACGAAUCCUUUUGUUUUAUUCCCUCCUGUCUUCUAACCGCUGUCCCUUGUCCCGCGUCUCUCGUCUCCUGUCCCGUUCGUCACGAGUUCCCUUGUUAUCUCGUAAUUUCUUUGUCUCGAGAAACGUGGGCGUGGUCGGAAUAACGAUUAUCUUCCUGGUUCUGGAAUUGAUCUAAAAGUACGCGAUAGGAUACGUUUCGCUUUUAACCUCCCGGAUAUGGGACGACGCGCGGCGCGAAACCGGCGCGAGACCGACGCGAAAUUCGAGCGAGACGGUAAGGGGUUCCUCUAGCCAUCCUCUCGUUCUCCAGAGUUUCGUCCAUCUUUU